AUGGACCUUCCAGAAAAAUUCCGAUAUAAUUUCCCAGAAAAAGCUGAUUCUGAUCAAGGAAGUGGUAGCUCAAGUGAUGAAAAUUUCGAAGAUGAAAAGGAUAAAGAUUACAAAGAAUCUAAAGAUUCUGAUCAAGAAUCGAUCAAGGAUGAUAAACAUAUUAGUAUUGAUCUGAUGUUAAAUCGAAGAAGAACCUAUGAAGAUUUACCUAUUAGAAAUUCUUUGAGUUUACUCCAUGAUUCUAAUGAAAACUCCGAUGAUAGACUUAGAUUCCCCAUUAAUUCAAUUGAGCAUCCGCUUCAUCAAUCAGAGACCAAUAGCCAAGAUCCUAAUCAACAAAAUCAAACUUAUGGUAAUUAUAAACCUGACCUUAAUGAAUUCUAUGACGAUAUUAAACCUGGGAGAAGAUUUAGAAGACGGUACAAUCAAAUUGUUAGACAUUAUAGUUGUUCUUAUCCUGGAUGUAGUAAAUCUUAUGGUAGCUUGAAUCAUUUAAACACCCACAUAGUAACUAAAAAGCAUGGACAAAGAAAAUCUAAAUCUGAUUUCCAAUCUGAAGAUAAUCAUGAAUAUAAUUCUGGUAAUUAUUGGUAUGGUUUUGCUUCUAAUAAUUCCAAUAGGUAUCCUUAUUACAUGAUGGUUAGAAAUCAGCCUAUGGGCCAUCCACAUCCACCACCUCCACCUCCCCCACCUCCUCAUCAUCAUCAAUUUCAACAAGGUAUGACUCCUCCAGUAUUUAUGCAACAACCUUUACCUAUGCCUAACCAACCAAUUAUCAUGGGCCAACCACAUCCUCAUGCACCACCUCCACCAGGAGCAAUUCCAAUAACGCCAUCAAUCCCAAAUCAAAUACCAACUCAAAUGCCUACACAAAUUCCAAUGGGUAAUCAAAUUCCUAUGCAACUACAAAACCAACCAGCAAUUUAUCAGGUACCAUCGAUGCAAAUUCCUUCCAUACAACAGCCAGGGAUUCCAGCCGCUGGUUUGCCACCAACAAUGUCAAUUCAUGCACCAAUUCAAGGAUCUCAACAAAGUCCAGGAAUACCAAACCAACCAAGUCCCAUUCAGACUAGUCAAUUGGCUUAUCCUCUCCCUAAUCAAGACUAUACGGUUAAAAGGGAAGAGCCAGAGAACAGAUUGAACAAUUUUUCAUUGCCUAACAUCCGUCAAAUUAAUCCAGAUGUUCAUUCUAAUACUACCUCAGCUCAAAGUUCCCUACAUACUUCACCUCAAAAUGUAACUAUUACUUUACCACCUAUAAAAAGUGAUAAAGCCUUGUAA